UUCAAACGUCUUAUCAUCGCCGGAAAUUUAUUUUAUAGAAGUUACUGUUUACAGUGUUUUCCAACUAGUUUGUUAAAUUAAUUCAAUUACUAACAUCUUUGAUAUAUAGUCAUACAACAUUUAUUAUUAAUAAACAUUACACGUUAUUUCAAUAAUUGUUAUCAAAAUGUGGAAUGACCAAUCAGUUGCUGGUGGUGGAUUCUUUAAUUCACCAAAUCAAUUUGGAAAUGUCACAACACCAAACCAAGGCCAGAAACCGGGAAGAAGAGCUUCUCGAACUGCUCCAAUUGUAAUAAAACAAGCUUUACAUUCCGGAGAUGAUGGUAUUAAGAUUUGGGGAACAGAAAUACAAAUUGUGUCACUUGUCGCUAGAGUAAGAAAUAUAAGAGUCCAAAGUACUAAAAUAACAUACACUUUACAAGAUAUAACAGGUAGAAUGAGAGCAGUUCUUUGGUUAGAACAAGAUGCUAUGGAUGAAGAUGCUGAUAAGUCCACACCAAAAAUUGAAGUUAAUGAUUACAUACAAGUUUUCGGAAAUGUAAAAACUAAUAAAGGCAAAAAAGUUGUGAUGGCUUUUAAAAUAAUGCCAGUUACUGAUAUCAAUGCAAUUACAUUUCACUAUUUGCAAUGUAUCAAUAACAAAUUAAAAAUGGAAGCUGAUUCUAAGAAGACAAAAACAAAUGAGGAUUCAACAUUUACCAGUGGACUGCCAGCCAAUUCCAUGGUUGGUAUCAAUGAUAAUGCUUCAGUAAAUGGACUAAAUGCAAGGCAAAUGAUGGUCUAUAAUCUUAUUCGAGCUUCUACACUAGAACAAGGCAUAAGCAAGCAGGACAUUUAUGCUAGCUUGAAAGAUCGGAUGUCUAAUGUCGAAUUCGGAAAUAUCCUGGAAUGGAUGUGGGGUGAAGGACACAUAUAUUCAACAAUUGACGAAGAACAUUUUCGUGCUACUGAUGCCUGCUUCUAAAUGUAUCCAGUGAAACUAAUUUAAAAAAAAAAUAUUGUUUUAUUUUUGUAUCUCAAAUAAAAU